CCUGGGACAUCUUCAGAGUGAGGGCCACGAUCCAGGGUGACCACUCCUGCCCACACUACCAUAAUGAGGUGGCUGUUCUGGAUGCCCAUGGUGUGCUGCCUGGCAGGCGCGCAACUGCAGAAAGACCCGACCCUGGACCACCACUGGGACCUCUGGAAGAAAUUCCAUGGCAAACAGUACCAGGAGAAGAAUGAAGAAGAAGCACGGCGCCUCAUCUGGGAAAAGAAUCUGAAAUUUGUGAUGCUUCACAAUCUAGAACAUUCUUUGGAAAUGCAUUCAUAUAGCCUGGGCAUGAACCAUAUGGGAGACAUGACCAGUGAAGAGGUCCUUUGUCAGAUGAACUCCCUGAGACUUCCCAGCCAGCGGCAGAGAAACAGCACCUACAAGUCAACCCCUAAUCAGAAGCUGCCUGAUUCUAUGGACUGGCGAGAGAAGGGGUGUGUCACGGAAGUGAAAUACCAGGGUUCUUGUGGGUCCUGUUGGGCUUUCAGUGCCGUGGGGGCCCUGGAAGCGCAGCUGAAGCUGAAGACAGGGAAGCUGGUGUCUCUCAGCGCACAGAACCUGGUGGACUGUUCAACAGAAGAAAAAUACGGGAAUAAAGGCUGUGGGGGUGGCUACAUGACGCAGGCCUUUCAGUACAUCAUCGAUAAUGGCGGCAUCGACUCAGAUGCUUCCUAUCCCUACAAAGCCAUGGAUGAAAAAUGUCACUAUGACUCAAAAAGUCGAGCUGCCACAUGUUCAAGGUAUAUGGAGCUCCCCUUUGGUGAUGAAGAGGCUCUUAAAGAAGCUGUGGCUAAUAAAGGACCUGUGUCUGUGGCCAUUGAUGCCAGCCAUCCUUCCUUCUUCCUCUACAAAAGUGGUAUCUAUGAUGACCCCUCCUGUACUGAGAACGUAAAUCAUGGUGUACUAGUGGUUGGCUAUGGGAGCCUUGAUGGGAAAGACUACUGGCUUGUGAAAAACAGCUGGGGCCUUCACUUUGGUGAUCAAGGAUAUAUUCGGAUGUCAAGAAAUAAUAAAAAUCAUUGUGGGAUUGCUAGCUAUUGCUCUUACCCAGAAAUCUAAACAAUGUCUUCUUUUCUAACAAGCCAUGAAGAUGAAAUACACUUUAACUUAAUUUCACCUGCUCUGUCCUGAAGAAACCAAUGUGUCGUGAUCAAUGUGUAUUUAAUGCUCUAACUAGGACUCUCUGAAGUUUGUAAACAAGAGUACCCUAUAGAUGGAACUGUCAGAGUCCAUCCCCAGGAUACUCUGGUUUGUUCUUUCUGCACCUUAUACCUUGCCAUCUUCAUGUGUUCUAAUAACAUUUGUAACAUAAUAUCUCUAAAGUGCUUAAUAAAUCUGUCGUUUCAAAUCUC